UCCUCUCAGUGGGAUCCUCCUCGGCUCAGCUCCGUCUCCCACCGACAUGGAUCUGAGCUGAACCGAGGCCGGUAGUUCUCACAUGGCCGGGCCGAGGAAGAGUCAUCGAUCCGACGGGUACAUGCGUGGAAGUGGUCGCCCUCCUCAUCGGAACAGAGCAAGACUAGAGAAGGAGAGAAGUGACCAUGGAGGCUGUAUUCCACUCUCCCUUCACUGCAGCUGGCCAACUGCCUUGGCUGCAUCUGACUCUGUUUACAGUAUGGACAGUCUUAUGUUCAGCCGACAUGAAGCAGACAAGAUGGCCAUUAUAUCCCCACAAGCCAUUUCUUCUUGCCUGGAAUGCCCCAACACAGGAGUGCGCCCCGCGACAUCGUGUAACUCUGUCUCUGGACCAGUUCGACAUUGUGGCAUCUCCCAAUGAGGGCUUUGUCCGGCAGAACCUCACAAUUUUCUACAAGGAGCGUCUCGGCUUGUAUCCGUAUUACAAGCCCGAUGGCACCGCAGUGAAUGGGGGUCUUCCACAGCUCGCCAGCCUCGCUCAGCACUAUGAAAAGAUGCCGGGGGGUGUGCAGAAGUACAUCCGUGAGCCAGAUGCAAAAGGCUUGGCUGUUCUCGACUGGGAGGAGUGGCGCCCACUGUGGAUCCGAAAUUGGGAUAUCAAAGACAUUUAUCGAAGUAAAUCUCGUGAAAUGUUGGCCAAGAAGAAUCCUGAGUGGACCCCAGACCAAGUGGCUAAAGUUGCACAGCAGGAAUUUGAGUCGUCAGCUCGUAAGUUUAUGCUGGAGACUUUAAAAUUGGCCAAGAGUCUGAGGCCCAAUCAACUGUGGGGCUUCUACCUGUUUCCAGACUGUUACAACCAUGAUUACAGGAGUGGGCUGAAAAACUACACAGGCCGCUGCCCCUCAGUGGAGAUGGCACGCAAUAAUCACCUGAACUGGUUGUGGAUGGAGUGUACUGCAUUCUUCCCAUCCAUAUACAUGGGUUCGGUUCUACGCUCCUCAAACUACGGGCGUCUGUUUGUCCGGAACAGAGUGAAGGAGGCGAUGCGGCUGGCAUCUGUUGGGGAUGGAUUAGCAAAUCCUGUGUUUGUUUAUACCCGACCUACGUAUAUGAAUCAGAUGACACUUUUAAGUGAGAUGGAUCUGGUUUCCACCAUCGGGGAGAGUGUUGCACUUGGAGCUGCAGGUAUAAUCUUCUGGGGGGAAAGCUCCUAUGCAAGCAGCGAGGAGAGCUGCUCCAUCCUAAAUAAGUAUCUUCAGGGACUCCUGGGCCAGUACCUGCUCAAUGUGUCCACAGCAGCAGAGCACUGCAGCCAGGUCAUGUGCAAAUCCCACGGUCGCUGUCUUCGCAGAGUACCAGACAGGGACGUGUACCUCCACCUCAGCCCCUUAACACAUACCAUCACCAGUCAGGGUGGCCAGUUGAAGGUUACAGGAGCACCUGGCCAGGCAGAGCUUACUCUUUACCACACACACUUCCAGUGCCAGUGCUACCAUGGGUACAGGGGUGAGGCUUGUGCUCUGAAAGAAAAAGGGCAGAAUAGAGGCUCCUCUGUCUUCGGGACCUGGCCCCUUUGCCUUUUACUCCCACUAGGACUCCUCACUCUGCUACACUGAGGAAACACAGGAGCCCAAACUCCUAACCUGCGUCUGUCAGCUCUGAAAAGAACUCAAACUUCGUGAUGUAGAGGUGUCAGGUUACCCUGCACAAGUGAAGCUGAAAUCCCGUCAUCACUCAUCUCGCACUAUGACAGGAUCUUUAUAUCCCAGCAUACAGGCCAUCUAAAAGUAAUAUUUCUGUCUAACACGCUGCACUGGGAGAUCUCCAGUCUUGGUUCACCUCGAACUUAUGUCCUUCAAACCAUUUGGCAGCUGAUGAACUAGCAUCGAAUUGUGUCACAAACCAAAUCCAAAUAUUAAGGCUUUUGCCAAGCUCCAUGCUGGCCUUGACCUCCAGAUUGGACAGUCCCCGUAGAAACAAUUACAGCUUAACUUGUUUUAAUCCACCUGUACUUUCCUAUGAUGAACACAACAACACAAUGCCUAACCAAAUGAGUGGAAAUAAAUCAUCAUACAGUAUUUAUUAGUUGUUUGGUGCAACAAAAUGGUACUUUUAGGUAUUUUGCCUUUUCACAUUGCUGCCUAAUAGUUUACUUCCGUUGAUGAAUCAAGUGCUAUGACCUAUGGCCUUAAGAUGGACAUAUAAAUAGUACAUUAUGAUGGUGAUAAAUUGUGGCAAAUGUAGUGUUAAAUCUCCUGAUUAUCUUUGGCUCCUUGAAACAACAUGGCUGGACCUGCCUGUUUCAGUUUUCAGAAUUGUGCCUUAACUGGGCUUUUACUUUUGUUUACAUGUCGUGAUCAAUGAGGAUUUUGCAUUAGUGCAGUGAUGUUCAUCUCAGCCCCCUUUGGGCACAAUGCAAAAUGUGCAUAAAAAAGAGAGGAUGGACCAUAAAUACAAACAAAUGUUAAUAUUUGUUUGAUGAAAAUAGUAACCUAUUACUUGGAUGUCACUGUGAAAAAGCUCAGCAUCCAGGUAGUGUAACAUUUGCCAAUUAUUAUAAUUUUUGUAAUAUUUUUGUGGCAUUUCAUCUUAAUUAAUAUACUGGUACGCCUAAGUAAGCUGGUAAAAUGAUUGCGGAAACAGUAGCUGCAGAAGAAUUCAAGCCCCCCCCUGCAGGCUUGAAUCCCAUUUGCCUUACUUUGUUAUUUCCUUGAGGACCGACUUGAGGUCUUUCAAAUACGACAAGUAUCAUGUUAACGCUAGGGUGGGAAUUGGCAAAAAUGUGACGAUUCAAUAGUAUUGUGAUAUUUGGGCCACGAUUCAAUAGUAUUGUGAUAUUUGGGCCACGAUUCAAUAAUAUUGCGAUCCUGCGAUAUAUUGCGAUACUGCAACUAUUGCGAUUCGAUUCUGCGAUAUAUUGCGAUUCAUGUCCCCCAUAUUAUUCAAAGGCAUUAUAAAAAAUGAGGAAAAUAAGACUGCUCAACUCACUUCAAAUGUCACAUUUAAUUCUGUGAACAACAUUGUCUUCUACACAUUGACUGAAGUGCAAAAACGUUGUCCUUGAACAUUCAGGACACAAGACCUUUGUAAUUAUUUUCUGAAUAGGAGACCUCUCACAUGAACACUGAACUCCCAGCACAUAACUUACAAUUAUUUAAAUACAAUACAGUAACAUCAAGCAGACAUAAUAGAGUAACAUAAACCUGAGAAUAAUCAUAUAAAUAAGAGUAACCUAGAGCUUCAAUCAAAUUGAGAAAAAUAAACAAAUGUUUACUGCUAGUGUCCAGUCCAGUUGGCUGAAAGUCAUGACCCAAAAAGUUAAAUUCAUUUGGGAAUAUUGGCAUUUUUGUUCAGAAAAAGGAGUUGGUCAACAUGCUCAGAUGUUAAAGUGCUACUCUGGGCCGUUACUAUAUCUCCUGCAGUGGAGAACAUCCUUUCUGCAGACACACUAGGUAUCUUUAAACUCUGAAACUCUCCUCGUCAUGCUUUGCCAGCCAGGGGCUGUUACAUAUAUAAUUGUAAAAAAAAAAAAAUAUUGCAAUACUUUGUUUUACAGUAUCGAUAUAUAAUCGCAGGCGCAAAAUAUCGCGAUACUGAACAGAAUCAAUUUUUUCCCCCACAACUAGUUAACGCAUCCAGUAUAAAUCCAAGAAUAUGUUAAUUUUCCAGUAGUGUGUCUUAGCCUCAACACUUGAGCAAGGAAAUAUAAAAAGAAUAAUGUGUUCAUGCUGAAAAGAAUAUUGGCUAAUAUGUGGUCAUCAGAUAUAUCCGCCUCACUAUUGAUGGGAGUCAGUGAACAAUAACGAGUUUCACUGCGUGUAGUGUGUAGCUUGACUUGCUUGUGUCUGGGUUCCUGCCAGUGAUGCUGUGUUGAUGGAAACUACUCUAGGUACAUCUUCAGACUUGUAAAUAUAUUUACUAAACUAAAACUAGCAGAGCAGUUUCAUAUUUAUACAGUAGCUGCUUGUAUUUAUUGUGCUUGGCAGUGCUCAAAGAAGUAUAAAGGUACCAAAAUUAGUGAGGAGAUGGGAAAUAACUAAUAUGUUUUACUGUUAAAAUAAACUGGAAAAUGGAGAAGCACAGAACCGGUAUUGCAAUACAACAGUUUAUGUAUGCUGGACUUUUGAAAUUCUGCACUUUAACUAAUUUUCUUUCUAAAUUAAUCUGGGCUUGAUUCUUAUGCAUUAGGUGAAAAUAUGUAGUUUUGUUGCAAGCAAGACAUCGCAGUAUAUAAUGAUGUUUUUUCCAUUUAAUGUUUCAUUUAAUGUUUCAUGUAUAGGCUGUGAAUCUUAACCGUUGUUUGUCUUUAACUCUGUUGCUGUGUGAAAAUAAUCUAAUAAUUAAUCGUAGUCAUUAUCUUUUAAAUAUGAUGUGUACGAUCGUCAACACAGUAACUCAGUUUUAUGGUACAAAGAUAGAAGAAAUUUGUCACCCAUGUGUAAUGCUGAUGAAGUUGCCCAGCAAUUCUAGACUGAAAUGCCAUGGAUACCUCUUUACAUUUUAAUAUCAGGCUAUGAGGGCAAAGGGAGAAGUGCAUUAAGCAUCCACACUUUUUGGGGCUUUUUACCCCUUUCACUCUAAGUACAUCAAACAUAUAAGGCCAGUCAUUUUACUUGGAUAGUGUUUCAACCUUUGAAUUUGCACUAAUAGUAUUCCCCUCUACUUACUACACAUAUAAUGCAUUCAUUUAAAUCCACUCCAGUCAGAAGUAAUAUAAAAUUGGUUGAGUAAGUUAGUUAAAUGGAAUAAACUGGAAUGGGCCUUUUGGAGACAUGUUUAAAAAUAUAUUUUUAUAAUGUUCUUCUUGAUUAUUUUAUUUUGAAAGGACAGCCUUUCAGAGUAACCUAGGAGGAGAGUGUCCAGUUUGCGAUUCUCAGAAUUAUGUCACUGCUCUCUUUAUCCUGGUCACUUUUUCUUCAUCUUGUUGUUUUUAUUGUUUGAUUGUUUCCAAAUGGGAGGAGACCCUGAAUUUGCUGCAGGGAUUAAUAUCCCAUCCAACCUGGGACCAGAUCUAGAUCCUGUACCAUCAUCUCUCCAUCCUAGAAGCAGCUUUGUCUCAUUCUUAACAAGGAAAUUACCUUAAAAGCCUUGUUUUGCCAAAGUGCAAUAAUGUUAUUGUUUGAAACCAAACUGGAGCCCAAUCAAAGGGUUUUGUACUUACAAGCAAUUCAUAAUAUCAUUUUUACAACAAAGAAUUUCAAUAUUAAA